GUGAAACACAGUUCACACAAUAUACGUGUACAUGGUUUCGUCAGGUCAAGGUCAGUCUUCGUCUGUAUUGUAAAUAUUGGUCACGUUCUUAAGGUGACUGCGAUGGAUAUAAAUUAAUCGGUUAACGUGCGUUUUGUCGUCUUCUCUUAUCUGCACAUAUAGAAGGGACCGUGCAAUCGGGGGCUGUAUCGCGCCAAUCUACGCAGUGCACAGUAAACAAGAGCAAAAACUGUAACAGUUUUAACGGGAGUGUAUUAUGGCUCUCGCUCGGUAUCGUGGCUUCAUUCAGCCUAACAGAUAUUUACCAAGUGCGACACUUAAACGAUGGAAAUCCAGUAAUGCAAGUGAUCCCGAUACUAAUGUACGGACCCAGAAUGCUGAACUGCCAGACUACAACACAAGUGUUGAUAUCCAUGAACACAAGUUGAGCAGACCUACUGCCCCACCUCCCAAGCCUGGCCCGCCCGCCGGGGCGCGAUGGAAAGGGUUGCAGGAUUUACAACAGCGAACAAAGGGGUCUCUGAUACCAGAAACACUGAAACAGAUGGAACUGGAUGAGGACUUCAAGUUGACCGCUGAUAAAUUAAAAAGACUUGGCCAGAAACAGCUGACCCGGGAGGAAAGGAAACAACGCCAGAGGGCGCUCAACAUGCUUGGAGCACCAGACUUCAAUCAGUUCUGGCUGGAACAGAAAAAGAAGGAAAAGAUUGAAGACCAAGAGACGGUGCUGAAGAAGAACGCCAUAGAGAUUGUCCAGGCUAACAUCGGUCUGUAUUGUAACCAGGCUUGUAACCACUGCCACGUGGAGUCCUCACCCAAACGGAAGGAGAUGAUGGGAAGAGAGGUGGCCGAAAAAAUCCUGGAUUUACUGGCCAAGAGUCCCUCUGUCCACACCCUGGACAUCACUGGAGGCGCUCCAGAGCUCUGUCAGGAGUUUCGAUACCUUGCUAAAGGAGGAAGAGAUCUCGGGAAGACCGUUAUAGACAGGUGUAAUUUGACGUCACUAAUGGAGCCAGGUCAAGAAGAUACUGUUGAGUUCCUCGCGGAAAAUCACAUCGAUAUUGUUGCUUCACUUCCGUGUUAUUCGGCAAAGAACGUAAACACACAGAGAGGGAGCGGGGUAUUUGACAAGAGUAUACAGGCCAUGAUUUUACUGAACGAAGUAGGUUACGGCAAACCCGACACUGGAUUGAAGCUCGACCUCGUCUAUAAUCCUCUGGGAGGGUUUUUACCUCCUCCGCAACAGCCAUUGGAGGAAAAAUACAAAGAGGAAUUAUGGGAUACAUUCGGAAUCGAGUUCAACAAACUCUUUACAAUGACUAAUAUGCCCAUCAAGCGUUUCAAUGACUUCCUGCAUCGACGGAAUGAGUUACAGGGAUAUUUGGAGCUCCUAGUGAGGAAUUAUAACCUACAGACCAUUGACAAACUGAUGUGUAGAAAUCUUCUCAGUGUUAACUGGGACGGCCGCGUGUAUGAUUGUGACUUCAACCAACAGCUGGCCAUCGGGAUUACCGGCGAGGACAAGAUCACAGAGCUAAGCGUGUUUGACCUCAAUACAACUGAUGACGUGAAAGGAGAAAUCAUCAAGACAGACAAUCACUGCUUCGGCUGCACGGCCGGAAUGGGGUCCAGCUGACUAGGGGUUACCCUGAAGUAAAACUUCAGGAUUCUUUAGUCUCGCCCGGUCACUGUCUGCAGCUUAGCGUCUGGGGUCCAGGGGUCAAGGACAAACUGUAAAGUGUUAUAACGAAACAUCAAUGACAUUGCUAAACUGAAGAGUACAUUUUAUGAUUUGUGAAGGCAUAGACAUAUAAAAUGGAAAAAAUCAAAUGGAACUUUAAUCCAGAUAUAUUGGUAAUAUUAACUCAUUGGAGCAGCUGAUUCGGGCGAGAAGUUUGUAGAGAUCUAGUCAGGGUUAUCUGUUAUGACGUCCUGUGCUGUAAACCUGAAACGGUCUGCACUAGACUGAUGUUAGAUAAUCUUACACUAGAAUGUGUUUACUUCCAGCGAAUAUGUUUAAUUGAUGUUCUCACCCGGUACACAAUGAAACAUGUCUGUCGGGUUUCCUCGAAAAAACUGAAAAAAAAUUGCUUUCCCCCAAAAUAUUACAUUCAUGACCGCUUAUGUCUAAGGACAAAACAUAUAUGGUAACCAGCAUCGUGUGUAAAAUAUCUCGCAGCCUGACUGAACCUAUAAAAAUUGUUCAUAUGAAAGCUUUCUUUCGCAUUACAUUGUAAUUUUAAUUGCUGUUUCAAUAAUGUUUCACUGUAGAUUAAGACCAGAAUGGCUUGUAAAUACUUCCUGUUAUUUUGUGUUAUAUUGAAAUUUUGUUAUAUAUGAUUAUACAAUUUGAUUGUAAGAAAGAUUUUUGUGUGAGCUGAGAUAUACACCAGCUUGUGUUGAUACUAUAUGCUAAUGACUGUUUCCGAUGGAAGCAUGUUAAAAUAUCACUGUCAGUUUAUUUGCCUUUUUGGUUGAUUGCUUGUUAUAAUAUCACUGUUCAUCAAAAUAUAAUUACUUCCAUAAUUUGUGUGCCAGACAAUAUUUUUACUUUGUUCAGGAGGUAUCUAGUCUUGUUCAUCAUUCUGUUGGACGUCUAGUCUAGUUCACUGUUGAUAGGGAGAUAUCUUGUUCACCAUUCUGAUGGACGUCUAGUCUGGUUCACUGUUGAUAGGGAGAUAUCAUGUCUUGUUCACCAUUCUGAUGGACGUCUAGUCUGGUUCACUGUUGAUAGGGAGAUAUCAUGUCUUGUUCACCAUUCUGAUGGACGUCUAGUCUGGUUCACUGUUGAUAGGGAGAUAUCUUGUUCACCAUUCUGAUGGACGUCUAGUCUGGUUCACUGUUGAUAGGGAGAUAUCAUGUCUUGUUCACCAUUCUGAUGGACGUCUUGUCUGGUUCACUGUUGAUAGGGAGAUAUCAUGUCUUGUUCACCAUUCUGAUGGACGUCUAGUCUGGUUCACUGUUGAUAGGGAGAUAUCAUGUCUUGUUCACCAUUCUGAUGGACGUCUAGUCUGGUUCACUGUUGAUAGGGAGAUAUCAUGUCUUGUUCACCAUUCUGAUGGACGUCUAGUCUGGUUCACUGUUGAUAGGGAGAUAUCAUGUCUUGUUCACCAUUCUGAUGGACGUCUAGUCUGGUUCACUGUUGAUAGGGAGAUAUCAUGUCUUGUUCACCAUUCUGAUGGACGUCUAGUCUGGUUCACUGUUGAUAGGGAGAUAUCAUGUCUUGUUCACCAUUCUGAUGGACGUCUAGUCUGGUUCACUGUUGAUAGGAGAUAUCAUGUCUUGUUCACCAUUCUGAUGGACGUCUAGUCUGGUUCACUGUUGAUAGGAGAUAUCAUGUCUUGUUCACCAUUCUGAUGGACGUCUAGUCUGGUUCACUGUUGAUAGGGAGAUAUCAUGUCUUGUUCACCAUUCUGAUGGACGUCUAGUCUGGUUCACUGUUGAUAGGGAGAUAUCAUGUCUUGUUCACCAUUCUGAUGGACGUCUAGUCUGGUUCACUGUUGAUAGGGAGAUAUCAUGUCUUGUUCACCAUUCUGAUGGACGUCUAGUCUGGUUCACUGUUGAUAGGGAGAUAUCAUGG